AAAGCACCAUUUCUUUUCCCUCAAUUUUCCAUUCACACUACAACUAAAAAUCCACCAUCAUUUCCCUUUUCUAUUUCUUUCAACUUUGCUGCCAUGGCAGACUUGCCCGAGUCUAGCACUAGUACUGAACAGCCGUAUCCAUAUGCUUAUCACUAUGUCAACGGUCUUCUCAGUUUCAUUGAAUUCACUGAUGGUUCUUGUCAAACCCCAUAUGCUUAUCAUUAUGAUCUUAACACUUUAGGCCCUUAUUUUAUCGAGUUGAAAGAUGGCUCUAUUAUCUCAGACACUGUUUGUUCACCAUACGUUUUACUGAAACGUAGCUUUGAAUCAGUUGAAGAAAUAGAAAAUGCAUUCAUUAGUAAUUUGAAUUCAUGGGAAGUGUCAUCUGAUGGUGGUUACAAUUGGGAUGAUGAUGAUGAUGAUGAUGAUGAUGGAGGAGUUUGUUUUAAUUGGGACAGGGAUUUUCCUGAACUUGGAGGAGUUUGUUUCAAUUGGGACGUGGAUUUUCCUGAACUUAAAGCUGGUGAAAAUGAUAAUGUGGUUCAAGGGUUUGAAGAAAGUCCUCAAAGGGAUGCUAAUACCUGUCAAGCAGAAACAGAGCCAAAACCCACUGGAAAAGCAGAUGAGAAAAGAAUUGAAGUGUCAGAAGAACGAAUUCCGUGCAUGGAUCGAAUUCGUGAAGAGCUUUCUUGUGCUAUUUGUUUGGAGAUUUGUUUUGAACCCAGUACCACUUCUUGUGGACACAGUUUCUGUGGGGAGUGUCUGAGAUCUGCUGCUGAUAUAUGCGGGACGCGAUGCCCCAAGUGCAGGCAGCUUACCAGCGACGGAAGAUCUUGCGCUGUAAACACAGGCCUUUGGAAUACAAUUCAACUACUAUUUCCUAAAGAAGUAGAAGCUAGAAAAGCAGCUGUAAAUGAUGGAGAAGCUGAGCAUCAAAGUUCAGUAAGAAUUGCUGGUCAUACUAAUAUUUCAAGAAGCAGAACUGCAUCUAGCGCUCGAAGUCAAAGAAGGAAUUUUCACUCUUCGAGAAUACGAGGUUUUUUCAGGACAGGGAGAUAGUUACCAAAUCAAGAUGAUGAUGCUGCAUUGGCAUGGCAACUGCAGAGAGAGGAUUUCAUGUAGAACUUUAGGACAGACAGAAUUUGAGGGUCGUGGCUCUUAAGGUUUCUAAAUUUUCUUAUACUUCAAACGAGGCUAACCUCAGAGUGCAUCGUUGACCAGUCCAGGAGAAUCAAGGAAGCAGUGGAUUUCUUGUGAAUCUUUUCCCCUUAAUUUUGACUCAGUUCUGUUUGCUUUGCGGCUUUACAUGGCGAUCUCUACCUUCUGUGUUUUAUUUAGGAAUUUAUGAACGAAUAUUACUUGUAAAAGAUAUUAUAAA